AUGAGAUGGACGUCAAAUGUGGUUCGAAAUGAAAAGGACUCUCGGCUAGUGGACGUUGAAAUUGCUGGUCGAGGAAAGCAGGAGCGACACCUACUCAAAGAAGCCCAUACGAUCAAUGGUUUGAAUCUCCCUAGACAAAGCUUAUCAUUUGAGGAUUUGAGCAAAUGCUUCCAUCAUCUGCAAAACGUCCCAGUAUCGUCCUAUGCAAAUGCAGUUCCAAAACUACUGAUUGGUUUGCAAAAUUUGGAGUUAUUGGCACCUAUAGAAAGCAAGAUCGGUCAACCUGGCGACCCAAUCGCGGUGCGUAGCGUCUUGGGUUGGGCUAUCUACGGCCCGGGUGGAAAAGUAAUGCAGAAUCACUUGAACCAUCACAAUUGCAAAUGCCCUGCUGAUGACGAAUUGAACGAAAUGGUUCGGCAACGGUUUGUUCUUGAGGAUGUAGGAGUGUCACCGACGCUAUUGCCCGAACCUGCUGAAGAAAGAAGAGCUAGAAGGAUGUUGGAAAUGACGACCAGACGAGUGGGUGACCGAUUUGAAACAGGUCUUUUGUGGAAGACCGACGAAAUCAAGUUUCCUGAUAGUCGAGCCAUGGCCUUGCAAAGGAUGAAGUGCUUGGAAACCAAAUUAGCGAAAGACCCCGAAUUGAAGGCCAAUGUACAACAACAAAUUCAACAGUAUGUCCAAAAAUCGUAUGCACAUAAAGCAACGGAGAAAGAACUUGCGGAAGCGGAUCCAAACCGAGUCUGGUACCUCCCAUUGAACGUCGUGCAUCAUCCUCGGAAGCCGAAUAAAAAGCGACUAGUGUGGGACGCAGCCGCUCGAGUAGAUGGUGUGUCUUUAAAUUCCCAACUCUUGAAAGGUCCGGAUCUGCUCGUAUCACUUCCCUCUGUAAUCUGCAAAUUUCGAGAACGGCGCAUUGGCUUUGGAGGCGAUAUUCGGGAAAUGUUCCACCAAAUCCGCAUUAGGACGGUGGACAAACACUCCCAAAGAUUCUUCUUCCGCUUCAACCUCAAUCAACCACCAGACGUUUACGUGAUGGACGUUGCGACGUUUGGAGCGACGUGUUCGCCUUGCUCUGCUCAGCACGUUCUGAAGGUCAACGCUGAAGAGCACGCGAACCUUUUUCCUGAAGCUGCGAAGGCAAUUGUGGACAAGACCUAUAUGGACGAUUAUUACGAUAGUGCAGAUACCACAGACGAAGCAGUAGCUCGUGCGUUACAAGUGAGGGACAUUCAUAAAAACGGGGGAUUCGAAAUGAGGAAUUGGUCGAGUAAUAGUCCCGAAGUGUUGCUGAAAUUAGGACAAACCGUUGAACCCCCAGGACCUUCGUUUGUCUGUGAUAAAAGCGACGGAUGGGAAAGGGUGCUGGGAAUGAUGUGGGACCCUGUUAAAGACGUCUUUGUGUUCUCUACCGAUCUCCGAGGGGAACUGGCUGCUUACAUUGCUGGAGAUAAAAGACCAACAAAACGAAUGGCUCUGCGGUGCAUUAUGAGUCUCUUCGAUCCAUUGGGACUCCUUGCACCGUACUUGGUGCACGGAAGGAUGCUGCUUCAAGACGUCUGGCGUUCAGGUGUAUCAUGGGAUGAAGAGGUGCAAGAUGAAGAAUUCGCAAAAUGGAGACGCUGGACUGAACUUCUGAAGGGGAUCGGCCAACUGGAGAUUCCGCGUCACUACUUUAGCCGUGCAAGACAGGAUGCCUGUAGAACUUUACAACUACACGUAUUUACCGAUGCUAGCGAAGCGGGGUACGGCUGUGCUGCAUAUUUCCGGAUACUCGAUGGCAGCAAUGUAACAUGUACUCUGGUGAUGGCAAGAAGUAAAGUGGCUCCGCUGAAGCACCAAUCUAUCCCGAGAAUGGAGUUACAAGCUGCACUUUUGGGAGCACGCCUUGUGCAGAAUGUUUGCGAAAAUCAUACAAUUCAAGUCAAUGAUCGGUUCGUGUGGACGGAUUCAACUACGGUACUUUCAUGGAUUCGAUCGGAUCAUAGAAGAUACAUGCAGUAUGUGGCUCAUCGUGUAGGAGAGAUCCAGUCGUUGACCGAGCCUAAGAAUUGGAGAUGGGUUCCCACAAAGGACAACGUAGCGGAUGCCUUAACAAAGUGGGGUAAAGACACCGAACCAACUUCGCAUGGCAGGUGGUUCAAUGGUCCAUUGUUUCUUAACCAACCCGAGGUCGAUUGGCCACCGCAGAAAGCAAUUCCGUUAAACACCGGGGAAGAACUUCGGGCCCGUUAUGCACUUAUCCACGUACCAGUACCUGAACCGUUCAUAGAUGUCGAACGAAUUUCUAAAUGGAAGAUUCUUGUUCGUACAAUGGCCCAAGUUCUUCGAUUUGUUUCCAAUUGUCGUCUGCGAGUUGAGGGCAAACCAGCGGAAACGGUAGAAGCGACAUCCUUACAACAACGAUACCUGAAAUGUCUAACACCAACGGUUAGAGUUCCGCUGCAGCAGAGCGAAUACUUAAAAGCGGAACAGUUACUUUGGCGUAUAGCACAGGCCGAAUGUUUUCCGGAUGAGGUGAAGAUCUUGACUCAUAACCGAGAUUUGCCGCUACAGCAAUGGAAGAAAAUCGACAGAGCGAGUAAAAUAUACAAAUCUUCUCCAUUCAUCGACGAAUUUGGAGUAAUGAGAGUUGACGGUAGGACGACUAAUGCGAAAUAUCUACCGUUUGAUUGUCGUUUCCCCGUGAUAUUACCAAAGGACCAUCUCAUAACGACUCGUCUGGUGGAACAUUACCAUCGCAUCUGUGGGCAUACGAAUAAGGAAGCCGUUGUAAACGAAAUUCGUCAGCGGUUCGAUAUUUCUCAUCUACGCGCUGUGGUGGACCGAGUAGCCCAGGACUGCAUGUGGUGCAAGAUUAAAUCGAGCAAGCCACAUUUCCCGCGGAUGGCGCCCCUACCCGAACAACGUCUUACUGCAUAUGUUCGUCCAUUCAGCUAUGUCGGAAUAGAUUACAUGGGUCCGUUGGAAGUGACCGUUGGGCGACACAAAGAGAAGCGAUAUGUCGCGGUAUUCACCUGUCUAGUUGUCCGCGCUAUCCAUCUAGAAAUCGCCUUUGAUCUAUCCACGGACUCCUGCAUAAUGGCAAUCAAACGCUUUGUUCGAAAGCGAGGGUCGCCGCUCGAAAUAUUCUCCGAUAACGGGACCAAUUUCGUUGGCGCAAGUCGUCAGCUAAAAGAGCAAAUCCAACGAAUCAAUGAAUCAUGUGCAGAAACUUUUACCGAUGCUCAUACGAAAUGGUCGUUCAACCCCCCGUCGGCGCCACACAUGGGGGGCGUGUGGGAACGGAUGGUGCGCAGCGUUAAGGACGGAAUGAAGGCAAUUGACGAUGGACGUAAACUCACCGAUGAAGUCUUGCUGACAGUUUUAGCAGAAGUUGAAGGAUUCGUAAAUGCCCGUCCAUUAACUUACAUGCCUGUAGAUAGAGAAAAUCUGGAGGCGAUAACGCCCAAUCAUUUUUUGAUUGGAGGAUCAUCACCAAGUCAUGAACCGCUAAGGAUGUCGACGGAUCUCGGCGCUAUGUUGCGAAGCAGCUACCUACGGAGUCAGUACAUAGCCGAUAAAGUAUGGAGCAGAUGGCUAAAAGAGUAUCUACCUACAAUCAACAAACGCUCUAAAUGGAUCGAUGAUGUUCGAGCAGUUCAAGUAGGGGACCUGGUGUAUGUUGUCGAAGGCGACAGAAGGACUUGGACCCGCGGAAGGAUUGAGGAGCUCAUAACCGCGAAAGAUGGACGGGUCCGGCAAGUGAUCGUACGUACCGCAUCUGGGCUAUUAAGACGGCCAGUGGUGAAGUUGGCGCUUAUGGAGAUAGGAAAGACUCGUGAACCCGAGGAAGAGCAAGAUGAUCUUCACUUGGAUCCACGGGGUGGGGGAUGUUCUGGCAUCACGGCGCCGCAUCACGUUUGA